AUGAACACAAGUUUGAGAAGUAGAAGUUAUAGUGUUGGCAGCAAGCCAUAUAAUUCAUCGCGGGGAACCACUUCAUCAAAUACAUUGGAUUUGUCUAACGCUGCGAACAUUUCAAACAAACAACACUCCAAUCGACCAAAUUUACGUCAGAGAACUUAUUCAGUAACUACCUCAUCAACAUCGUCAUCAUCUGGCUCAAGCGACAUCGAUAGCUGUGCUACUAAUUCCCGCAAACGGAACCAACUUCUUCAGCCACGACCAUUCUUUGCACCCAGACUUAGCUCUGAUUCGAAUAGCGAUGGUGGUUACCUGUGGGCUAAUAAAGACAGACGUAACAGUAAUAAUUAUAGACAGCGCAAUGAGCAGAGAAUGCCCAACCACUGGUCACGUGAUUCAUCUCAGUCUGGUAGCGAUAGCACCAGUAGCACUGAAAGUGGCGUUUUCUCUGGUGACAGCGGCGGUGGCGAUAUAAUUCCAGUAAAUAGUGGUAACGAACGCAAGAAUCACCAAAAUCGUCCUCCAAAUAAUGGUAAUAGUAGGGGUUUCAAUAGAUACCCGACCGGAAUGCCGAUUCCAACUCCGGCUACUCACUUCGCCAGCAGCGAAAACUUCAAUGCGCCAGCGGCUUCAAGCUUACCACAACCGCCACAGAUUUGGCUGUUUGGCAGGGCGGAGGCUCUCGUUAAAGAAGAGGAACUUGAAGAGGAGCGAGUGCAAGAAAAGAAUUUAAAUACCUUCGACUAUUAUAAUUUGAAGAUGUUGCUCACCGUAGAAGCAUAA